AUGAAUAAAGUUUGGGAUAGAAUUGUUGGCAGUGAUAGUGCCGAUGCUCAAAGUGUAUUGAAAGAAAGAUGUUCAUCUCCGAAGGACGUGACGGAUUUGUUGCACGUUAUUCAAAACUGGACCUCAGAGAUACAUAACAAUGGCGAGGAAACACGAUGCUGGAAGUGUGUGCCGAUGCUUGCCGGUUAUGUGAAGGAUUGGGGUCAAUUGGAGUUUCUUUGCAGAAGAAUACUUUUAAGAAGUAGCAUACAAGAGAUACGGCCAUUACUUCUUGUAACGAUGAAAUCGUUGAUGUCCAACCAUUCAGAUAAUACGGAGCAGAAGUGUGGGAAUAUACUACAACAAUUGUUAAUUGAAGCCGAGGAAGAUUCUGGCAAUGUUUCUUUACGUUUGCUUGUAGAUGCUAUGUCUUUGGUGUUCCCUAUCUGCCUUGGCGUUUGUAGAGACAUGUUUCUUUCGACAGAUUUCCAGGACAUAUUGACUAGGAAUUUGAAUUCUUCAGCGGAUGAUGAACAUCUUGUAAACGGGGCUCUUCGUCUCUUGGCUGUUUCCUGUAUUGACGAAGCAGUCAGAAGAUUCAUUGCAGAGCAUUACCUUAAGACGUUACAACAAUCAUUUAAGGUCGAGAAGUAUAAAGUACUGACUGCGUUGGUUUUGAUCAAGAUCUGGUCAUUCACUAAGAUAGAAAAGGAAACUCUUAACUCUUGCAUCAACCUUUUCAUCGACUCGCUUUCGAAUGGCGAAAAUAUCGAGAUUAAUACUGAAGCUUUAGCUUACUUGACAUUGAAGCCCUCUGUCAGAGUCUUGCUACGAGGUAACGGUGAUGUAUGUUUGAAAAUAAUCGAGCUGAUCAAGUCACAGGACACUACACCGACUGAUCUAUACGGACUCUUGAUUAUAUUAGCAAACGUAAGUGAGCACCCGUCACAGAAUGAGGAUACAGUCGAUAAAUUAAAAGCUUCAUUGAAAACCAACCAAGAAAAGAAUGACGAGCCGACAUUGGAAAAUGUUAAGGACAUAGAAGAGUUUAACCGUGAUUAUAUUAUCGAUUUAGACUUGAUCGGUUCUUUAAAAUCGAUAAAACUAUCCACCUCAUCUUACAAUCAAGCCAUAAGAAUCAUAUAUAAUGUGACAAGAGAUAAAACACAGAUAUCAGAAUGUGUGAAACAGGGUGCUGGAUUGAUGCUCUUGGUAUUUUUAGCACAAAAAAGGAACCUUUCUAAAGAUGAAUGGUAUCUUCUAUCGAUAAGAGCACUAUCGAAAACACUCAUCUAUGUGAAUCCAGAGACUGCGUUCAGCAAAUAUUCACCGUUGAGCGCAGCACCGUUCUUAUUUGAAAAUUUACCUUUACCAAAUGACAACGCUUUAUCGGAACUUCAAUUCACACAAUUAGAUACUUACGAAGCAUUAUUAGCGUUGACAAAUUUGGCUACUAUAAACCAGGGAGUAGAUCUCGGCAAAAUCAUCUUGAGUAAUGCUCAGUAUUGGGAUAGUAUAGAGAAUCUCUUAUUGGAUUCAUCGGUCAGAAUUCAAAGAUCGACAUUAGAACUUAUUUCCAAUUUAAUGUCCAAUCCAAUGGCUAUCUCUGCAAAGUUCUUCUGCUUUGAAAACCCUAAGAGUGCACAGAAUUUCGAAAUACUGGUCAAGCUUCUCGAACUUCACGAUAUACAAUCUCAGAGAGCCGUUGCUGCCAUAUUUGCCAAUAUUGCAAGCACCGUUCCGUUCAUUUGCAAAGAACUAUCUGAGAAGCGAAACCUUAUCGAAACAGCAAUAAGAGUCUUUAAAACACAAAACACGGAUACAGACCUCAGGAUAAGAUUACUCGUACUCUUGUCAUCUAUCUUCAACGCCAAUGCGCAUGCUGUCGCAUGUGUCAAGAAUGAUGAAGAAUUUGUAAAAGAAUUGCAAAAAUAUCGUAAUACUCCAUCUCAAAAAGAUCCAUUAACACCAGAAUUAUCGAAAGAAAUACUUUCUCUAAUCAAUUGA